CGGGGUCAAAAUUGUACUUCUUGCAGUCGUUUCUCAACUCGGCCAACAUCAAGACAGUCAGCCGCUGAGCCGCACUUUCGUGCCGCAAUCCGGAAAACGGAAGACGGACUACGGAAUCCAUCGUCAUCAAACCAACUUCACAUCGGACUUGCUUAUACAACCAACUUUGGGAAUCAUGUCACCCGUGCACUAAAUUCGCUUAUUGACGUGACCAUGAUGGAUAUGGCUGGGGAUCCGGGAGCAGUGGAUCUGUUGGCGGAUGUGGGCGGGGGGCUGGCCGAGGAGCUGGAUGACGACGAGGAUGGGUUGCCUCCGGCCGUCCCGCCUCUGCCUCGUCGAUUCGCCGAACCGCCGCCCCCUCGCACUCCGGCUACGCUGGAAGAAUGCGCGAUGACGGCCUACUUGCGCUUGCUGGAGAACGAGUGCGCGGCUUUUGUGCUGGUCAGCUCAUUGGCGGCCCACAGUCUGUACCUGCGCUCGGCGCCGCAAGUCAUGCUGGACGACUUAAAGACGCAAUUGCGCCGGCGCAUGAGCGGUAUUGCCUCCUCAAGUCUGCGCCAAGCUAUGCUCAAGAGGGUGCUGAGCGCAGAGUUCCCCACGCAACAGAACUGGGCGCGAAAAAAAUCCGUGUCGUAUAAGUAUCUGUCAGUGCGAACCAACUUGGAGUGUCCGCACGAUUGCUGUUCCGGGGCCUACAUUCGCGACACCAUGGCGGGCGUGCUCAUGAGCUCAGAGUUGCGCUCGCUGAGCUUCGCCUUACCACCUGCCGGUCAGCCUCGUUUAGAGAUCCCGUCCAUUCUCACGCACUACGCCCAAUCCGUGGUGGAGAACCGAGUGGCCUUGGUGGAACGUAUCUUCCUACCCGAGAAUUACCUGGAAGAGGAGCCGAGCCGGCCGAGUCCGUGCGGGUCAGCGACCCAAUCCCAUGCCCGCUUCUUGCAAGCGUUCUCGCGUCAAGUGCCGUGCUACCAACACGAAGCUUACCUGGGCGACCGGGAACCCAAGCACGGACGAACCGGCUUGCUUCAGUCCCUGUGGCUCUUGUUUCGGCACAUUCCGGACCUGGACCUCAAGUUCAACAAGCUCACCGAGAUCGUCCUGCGGAACAACGUUCAGUGCCAGAUCUACAGCCAGGCCAAUUUCCAGUUUGACUUCCUCCAACGCAUCGGUUUGGGUUGCCCACGAUUGCGUGUGUUGGACCUGUUUGGCACGGACACGUGGGCCGAUUGCUUGGUGGCCUUCUUCUUCCGCGACGCGUUCCACAGCCUCCACCGGUUCCUGUACUUCUUCUCGUCGGGCGAGGACGAGGAGGAGAUCUACCAUCCUCACAACAUUCGUCGCUACUGUCAGUUCUGUUUGGAUCAGAAUCAUCCCAAGGGGAUCGAACGGCCCUUCACUACCAAUCCGAUCAUCCCCCUCCUUGAUGUGAUAUACAACCACGUGCUCAAGAAGUACCCCCGGCGUUCCUACUGCAUUCUCCGGAACUGCAUCCCCGUCAGUCAGCUCGUUCACGCCCCCCAAUCCACGGUGUUCGAGAUCCUCCGCGAUGAGAGCUUUCACCAAGUGGGUGGCGGACCUCAACCUUCAUCGCCGCUCGGUCGAGGGACCUUGUCGGCGGAUCACGGCUCGUCCAGCAAAGAGCCCGCCUCGAGUCCGUCUUUUGUCCGGGCCAGAUUGCGUGAUCGAGCCUCGCUGGCCAAGAAGAGCCAAGCCUCGUUGGGCCAGGGCACCUCCGAGUCCGCCUGUGAUAUCCAGCCUAGUACGAGCGUCGAACCUGUGGUGUGCUCCAAGGUGCCGUCCAAUGAGGACCACCAUGCCCCGCCUCUCUCGCUCAGUGGCGAAGAGCUGACGGUGGUUCGUCGACGGUCUCAAAGGUUGCGCCAAAAGCACCGGGAGCCCGACUCCUGUUAUUAUGUAGAUCAGCAAAGAGGGCGGACGACGGCCCACAAAGGAUCGCGUUCUGUGAAAAGGCCCUGUUCGCCUGGGCCCAGUGGCUCGGGUCCGUCUUCCCGAAAGAAGCGAGUCGUGUCCGCGGAGGAAGCCCACCAUCGAGUGCGUGCACCGCCCGCUUCUGGUCCAAACACGGCUGGCCAAAGCCCCUCAAUGGCGAUGGGAGGUGGCGGUACGGCCAAGCCGCCAAGUUUAGAGCGACUUGAGUACGGCCGUUGGUUCGACGAGACAUAUCGGUGUAGCUGCAAGAAGCGUAAGUCCAACAAAACCUGUGCUGUGAAGACCAAUCCGGAUACGGUGAGCCGAGUGGGCGUGUGGCGCAAGUGCUCCAGUCAACCCGGUUGGAAAGUGGACCAGGAGUGGGUCGAGCCCGAGAGUGUCCAAUGUCGAGAGAUCCUCCAAUGGCCGCAUCUGAACCCGUGCGUCGAGACCCUGGAAGUGUUGAACAUCGGGGGCACCAACGUUUUGGGCGAGUUCAUCCCGUUCCUACUCAAACACGCACCCAACAUCCGGAGCUUGGGCCAGUGGCUCAACACCCUCGUGUACGGGAUCGAGAUCAUGCAAGACAUGAACCCGAAUCUGAAGCUACCCAAACUGGAGGAGUUCAGCUACUCCUCUGACCGCAAUUUCUUCUGUCAGCCCUACAUCGGAUUUGUUCCCGAGACCAACGACUUUCGGAAUGUGCGCAAAGAGAUGCUUCGGUUCAGUGGGCGGGUGGCCAACCGGGUGAACCCCUCCUCGCGGAACCACGCCCAAAAGAUCCGCCAGCUCCAGACCGACAUGAAUCUCGUGCAACGCGUGUGUCCCAACAUCCGCAAGCUCAACCUGGUGGUGCACUUCAAAGUGGCCGUUCUCUCGGAUCAGCACCUGUCCACGUGGAAUGGAUUGCGUUUGAUGGACUCCCUGACCGAGUUGGACCUGGUCACCGUCCUGUUUGUCAAUGUGAAGGCCCUCAUCCAGGCCGUGGGCGGGCAACUUCGGGCCCUGGUGAUCGAGAUGGACGAGGAGCAAGGCACGGGGCUGGAGAUCGUCCACAUUGCCCGCCAUUGUCCCGAACUCCGGAGUCUCCGCAUGAUCAUGGGCGACAAGAUCCUCCGGGGUGAAAUGACCCUCCAUUUCGGGUCGGUGUUCUUCCGACACUUGGAAUCCGUGGAAGUGGACGGGUCGGUCCAUCUCCACGCCUUCGCCUUCUUCUGGGGUCAUUGUCGGAGUUUGCGCCACCUGAAAUUGGGCUUGGUCGUGUCCAACGAGAUCGUGGGCAACAACGUGCUCAUUUUCGACGUGUUCACGUUGCUCUUCCGAGUGAAUCCGAUGCAUUGGCUGGAGCAGUUCCACAUCAAGAAUCUUCGCAUUCGUAGUCUACCCAUGGCCUAUUUCCUAUUGGAACACAUGCCUCGACUCAAGGCCGCCUCGUCUUGGAUCAUCGAUUUGCCCUCUUUGGAAGAGUUCACCGAAUUGGUGGGCCGCUUCAAGCGCUAUGAAGAGGCUGGUGUGAAACUGGACUACAAGCGAUGGUGAUCGUCACCACUCGCUUUUCUGUACUCGUCGAUCCUGGAUGAUCGCCUUCCCGCGCGCGAGACUCUUCUAUCUAUCUAUCUAUCUAUCUAUCUAUCUGAACUGCCAUCUUCAUCUCGAAAAUGGCCCCUAUCACUAUUCCUCCUACCCCAUUGGUCAUCAAGCUGCUGCUCCUGCUGCAACUACUACUAUAACUCGACUACCAUUAUAUUAAUAUGCUAUAGAGUAACCCAAGUCCAUUCAGCUGAAAGUCAAAAUGCAUUCGAAUUUGAUUGUUCAUCAUAA